GUUGAGGGCUUCUGAAUGUAUACAAUUCGACGUCGUGAAACUGCUUUCAUGUCGAACACUGCAAGCAAACAGGAAAAAGUGACGUGUUUUAUCGGAUUUUUCUUGUCGUUCAGUGUUAAAGCGCGAAUUAAGGGAGAAGGGAUAAAAAUCAUGAAAUGAAUUUGUAUUAAAAAAUGUAAACGCUUUGGUGACGCUUCUUUGUUUGCUUUACACAUGCAUUUUUGGAUUGAUAAAAGGAGCCAAGGAUGCGUUCGGUUUAACGGGGGACAUAUUAUCCGUCCAUAUAUUGCAGGAUUUAGAAGAGGAGCGUCGUAUAGCGGCGUGUACCCGAAGCUAAUGGUAACUCCAGUGCAUCGUUUUCAGUCAAUUGAAAGUGUAGCGAAUGCGGGGAGACGUAACCAAAAUCGGGGACCUGGUUAUUACCACGCCAGGUUCAUUGAAAGAACUAGAGGGGAGCAAAUUGAUGUCCCAUCAAACGGGGAAAUCCAUCCUUGCCCCGUUAUAGAGGAAAAUUUAACCCAAGGAAAUGCCCUAAAUAGAUCAAACGAUGUUUUGUCGCACAGCAGCUCAGCUUUACCCCGCGAAACUUCAUCAACUGCAAAGAUUAAGUGCGGGGUUUGGGCGUUUUUUGCGAUCAUCACGUUUUUUAUAGCUUUGGCCAAGUUUUAUUUUCACGGCGCGAAUAUGGGGAUGGAAGCGUUGGCUUUUUGCGCCCUCCUCGUUUUUAUUUUGUUAGUUGGGGGGUUGGUUUCUUUGUAUGAAGCUGUCACUUCGUGUCCUUUACACGGUCAAAAUUCGGCGCAAGUUUCUAACGAACAGAACGAAAUCCACGAGGAAUCAUCGCAAGUCCAUGUGCCAAACGACGUUCCCGUCUUAGUUAAUCCAGCUGAAAUGCCUCCACCGCCGUACCACAUCGCCAUUAUGUUACCAACACAAGAUGUUAACGAAUCUUUACAGAUUAUCCGCCGGGAUUCCCCACCUCCCACUUACGAAAAAGCGGUUACAUAAACUAAAAGUUAAAAUUUGAUUAGAAAAAUUAAACUUUGCACUUGAGACUAACUUCUCGAUGGAACAAAUACCUGGUAUCAAAAAUAAUUAAAAAAAAAAAAAGAUUUUAUUUCAUUAAUGUGAUAUUAAGACUGAUUAAAAGACGAGAAUGAAUGUUGUAUGUAGCGAUUUCGAAUUAAAUUUCUUUAAAAUUGUGUACCCAGUAAAUGUUCAUCGAGAAACCAAAAAAGAACCGCACCAAGUAUUAAAAUUAAAAUUCAUCGUUAACCGGUAGCUUUUAUAAUAUAAUAUAACAUAACAACGUAUUUAUUACACUAAAUAUUUUGUAAUUUUUGUAAAUACUUGUCGAUAUCGUUGUACCAUUUUGUACAAAAACUUUUGCUAACGUCUAUACACACGUAAACUUCAAUUUAAACCGGGAUUAUUAAAUUAAUUAAAUUAAAAUUAAAGGAAACUAAUUCUGAAUUCGUCUUUAUAAUUCGUCCGGAAUUAAAAAACGAUUUUAAAUAUAUAAAAAAUUUUUUUUUGAAAAUGAUGUAAUGUUAAAUAGUUAAUAAGUGUUCGAAUUUACUUCAAUUUCAAAUCUUAAACUUUCCCGACAAAAUUAAUCGAUAAUUACUCAAUCUUAAACGUUUAUUUUAAAUGUUUUACUCGCUGUAAGGAAAAACAACAAUUCUGUAAAUACCUCCCUAUUUACUCUGUCUAUUUAGUGUUAAAUAAUUAAUAUGCGUAAUAAAAAUAAUUUUAAGUUGUC